AUGAAACUUUAUCUGUUAAGAUUCUUUAUCGAUGUCACAAUAGAGAUAAGCGCUCGUUUGGAAACAAAGGAACAGAUAUGUAUUCCCUUAAAUUUAAAAGUUCAUGAAAAGAAAUUUAUUGAAUGCGAGGGUGUGGAAGUUUUAAGUAAGAGGCAGAAGAAUCAGCAACUUAUACAGAUAGAAGUGUAUUUGUGGCAUGAUGAAAGUUCAAGUUUUAAAGGAAUGGAACAAGCAACAUCCGUGAUGUAUUUACAUGAAGCAACAGUAAAGGAAACAGAAAGAAAUCAUUGUGAGAGCAUAAAUUAUAAAAUUGUGAACCUAACUCCAGAUAAAAAAUUGUGGAAAUAA